AUGUCUCUGUUGGCUGUUUGCCACAAAGCCACUCCCAUUGGCCUAGGAACCUUAGCUUUACUCACAGACAAGCCUCCCAAGCCAUUGUUCCCCAUGGAGAAUCAGCCAAGUGUUAUAGAUGUCCAGCUGGGUAAGCCUCUGAACAUCCCUUGCAAAGCAUUCUUUGGAUUCAGUGGAGAGUCCGGGCCAAUGAUCUACUGGAUGAAAGGGGAGAAGUUUAUUGAAGAACUGGCAGGGCACAUUAGAGAAGGUGAAAUAAGGCUCCUCAAAGAGCAUCUUGGAGAAAAAGAAGUUGAAUUGGCACUCAUCUUUGAUUCAGUGGUGGAGGCUGACCUGGCAAAUUAUACCUGCCAUGUGGAAAACCGAAAUGGACGGAAACAUGCCAGUGUUCUGCUACGUAAAAAGGAUUUAAUCUACAAAAUUGAACUUGCAGGAGGCCUGGGAGCAAUCUUCCUCCUCCUUGUACUGCUUGUGGUCAUCUACAAAUGCUACAAUAUUGAGUUGAUGCUCUUCUACCGACAGCAUUUUGGAAGUGAUGAAACUACCAAUGACAACAAAGAAUAUGAUGCCUAUCUGUCUUACACAAAAGUGGACCAAGAUACUUUAGACUGUGACAAUCCUGAAGAAGAGCAGUUUGCUCUUGAAAUACUGCCAGAUGUCCUGGAAAAACACUAUGGAUAUAAACUCUUCAUCCCAGAAAGGGACCUGAUUCCAAGUGGAACAUACAUUGAAGAUCUCACAAGAUGUGUUGAGCAAAGCAGAAGACUUAUUAUCGUGCUAACUCCAGACUAUACUCUCAGACGAGGAUGGAGUAUUUUCGAAUUGGAAAGCAAACUCCAUAACAUGCUAGUCAGUGGAGAAAUCAAAGUGAUUUUGAUUGAGUGUACAGAAUUAAAAGGAAAGGUGAAUUGCCAGGAAGUGGAAUCACUAAAGCGCAGCAUCAAACUUCUGUCCUUGAUCAAGUGGAAGGGACCCAAAAGCAGCAAAUUAAAUUCUAAGUUUUGGAAGCAACUAGUGUAUGAAAUGCCCAUCAAGAAAAAAGAAAUGCUCUCUCGGUGCCAUGUUCUGGACUCUGCAGAACAAGGACUUUUUGGAGAACUCCAGCCUAUACCCUCUAUUGCCAUGACCAGUACCUCGGCCUCUCUGGUGUCAUCUCAAGCUGAUCUCCCUGAUUUCCACCAUUCAGAUUCAAUGCAAAUGAGACACUGUUGCAGAGGUUACAAACACGAGAUGCCAACCACCACCUUGCCAGUACCUUCCUUAGGCAACCACCAUACUUAUUGCAACCUGCCUCUGGCACUACUCAAUGGACAGCUGCCACUUAGUAAUACCCUGAAAGAUAACCAGGAACUUCAUAGGAACAAUUCCCUGCUACCUUUAUCAUCCAAAGAGCUUAGCUUCACCAGUGAUAUUUGGUAGUAAAAACUCUGAAGUCCUCUGAACAGCUAUGUGAGCAUACAGAAUUUCUGCUUUACCAAGCAUAAAGUACACCUAAUAACAUUGAGGUGCUGAAAAAGUGUUCAAAGUAAAAGGCACAGAAUCCCUUUUGUACUUAAAAUUUUUGUUUACAUUUCCAGAAUAGUGGGG